AUGUCAGUUGCUAGUGUAGUUUUGAGUCCAGCCCUGGAAGAACUUGUCAACUUUCCAGGCAUUAUUGGACGAUUUGGUUUGAACUUAGACGACCCAAUCCUGGUUUUUCUGACUAUUGCUGGAUCGCUGAUCCCGAUGCGGGUGAUGGAGUCAGAUUCAAUUGCAUCCGUGAAGCUAAGGAUUCAGAGUAUCAAGGGAUUUUUUGUGAAGAAGCAGAAACUGGUGUAUGAUGGUAGAGAGGUAGCUCGAAAUGAUUCCCAAAUUCGAGAUUAUGGUCUUGCUGAUGGGAAACUGUUGCAUUUGGUUAUUAGUCUUUCAGAUCUCCAGGCUAUUUCUGUAAGAACUGUUGGCGGGAAGGAUUUCGAGCUCUUUGUUGAGAGGAGUAGAAAUGUUGGUUACGUGAAGCAGCAAAUAGCUUCUAAGGGAAAGUACCUCGUGAAUCCAUGGGAUCAUGAACUCACAUUAGAUGGUGAAGAGCUUGAUGACCAGAGACUCAUCACUGAUCUCUGUAAAAACGGAGAGAAUGUGAUUCACUUGUUAAUUAGGAAAUCCGCUAAAGUCAGAGCAAAACCUGUGGGGAAGGAUUUUGAGGUGAGUAUCGAAAAUCACAGUAACAAUUCAGCGGAUGGUAGAAGAGGAUAUAUUCUUAGUGAUUUUUCACUACAAGCAGAGCCUAAAGACUUCUUAUUUGAGCCUGUCGUUGUGAAUCCUGAAAUUAAACUCCCUUCAUUGCUUAAAGAGCUUAUAAGCUCCACUUUAGAAGGCUUGGAGAAGGGGAAUGGCCCAAUUAAAUCAUCUGAUGGAUCAGGAGGAGCCUAUUUUAUGCAAGAUUCAUCUGGACACAAGUAUGUCUCUGUCUUCAAGCCCAUUGACGAAGAACCAAUGGCUGUGAACAAUCCGCACGGACUGCCUGUUUCAGUUGACGGCGAGGGACUAAAGAAAGGCACACAUGUUGGUGAAGGAGCUCUCAGAGAAGUAGCAGCCUACAUUUUGGACUAUCCCGUGACUGGACCACGAACUUUUCCUCAUGAUCAAACCGGUUUUGCUGGAGUUCCACCAACAACAAUGGUCAAAUGCUUGCACAAAGGUUUUAACCAUCCCAAUGGUUACAGUUACUCUCUGGAGAACACAAAGAUUGGUUCACUGCAGAUGUUUGUGAGUAAUGUUGGAACUUGCGAGGAUAUGGGAUACAGAGUAUUCCCUGUCGAUCAGGUUCACAAGAUAUCGGUUCUAGACAUUAGGCUAGCUAAUGCAGAUCGUCACGGUGGUAACAUUUUGGUUAGCAGAGACGGAAAAGAUGGUCAGAUCGUGCUUACUCCAAUCGAUCACGGCUAUUGUUUUCCCAAUAAGUUUGAAGAUUGCACAUUUGAGUGGCUAUACUGGCCUCAAGCAAAAGAGCCUUACUCUUCCGAGACAUUGGAAUACAUAAAGUCCUUGGACCCCGAGCAAGACAUUGAACUUCUGAGAUUCCAUGGCUGGGAGAUUCCGCCUUCAUGCGCCCGUGUCUUCCGCAUCUCGAGCAUGCUUCUGAAGAAAGGUGCCGCAAAGGGUCUCACACCUUUUGCCAUUGGAAGCAUAAUGUGCAGAGAAACACUCAAGAAAGAAUCCGUGAUCGAACAAAUCAUAAACGAUGCAGAAGCCUUAAUGUCCCCAGAGACAACCGAAGAAGAGUUUAUCAGCACUGUCUCUGCUAUUUUGGAUCGUUGCCUCGACAGUAUUCGCAGAACUGAAAUGAGUUCGCCCAGUCUUUGUCGUGAUUGUUAA